UAAACAUGUACUGUAUAUAAAGAACCAAUGUUAAAACUUGUGAGAAUUCAAUGCGACUGCAGCGACACUCCCCCUCCACGUUAUAUACAUCUAUGUAUUAAAUCCAAGAAGUAAAUAUUCCUAAUAAGUGAUUUCGAGUCCACAAAAGUCUCCCCCCCCCCCCUCCGGAAUAAAUUAUAAUAUAGAGUCUACAUUGUACAGUCAGUAAUCAGUAUCCCCUUGGCUGAGUCGGUAGAAUAGUGUAUUGGGAGUCUUCUGGAGGUUAACAGUGUAGGCUCCGCUAACGGAGGGGGGGGGGGCACUCCACCCGGUGACGGAGAGGAGACAACCCCCACCCUUGGGGGGGAGACGUGGUUACUACAAGGGAAAUUAGAAAGUUGGAGAAAGGGCAAGUUUUCAAAACAUAUAAUAAAAUAUUCAAGUAUUUUAUAAACAUAAUCAUAUAAAAAUGAUGUCUUUUGUUUGAAUUAACUAAGUUUUCAUUUGAAAAUUAUCAAAAUUUUAAUCUUAUCUUUUGGCAGAAUUUGACGAAGUCACACCUUACCGUGAAAUGAUUAUAAGAUAAGAGUUAAAUGAAGUAUUAAUUAGAAUAUAUUCCUGAAAUAGUUUUCUCUGAUUAUACAUGAUUACCCAAAAAGAACGAGAAUUUAAUGACGACCUGGAACUAGGGUAAACUCGAUCUGUGGCAUCAACGAUAUAAUAAAAUUAUAAAAUAUUAUAAAAUAUUAUACAUCUUGCGAUGGACAAUUAUAGCUAAUUUCGUUUUAAAGAAACUUUUAAUAUUUUUUAGACUUCUUUUAGGAUAACACAUUUGCAUGUUUGAUAAAAGCGAACUUAUACAGUUUAAAGUUUUAAAAUGUAAAACGAAUCUGACUAUUGCUCAUCCCUUUACAUAACAAAUGAGUAAAAAAUACAACUUUAAAAUGGCCCACUUCAAAACACUUUAAAAUAAAAAAGUAGUUAAAAAAUGAAACCUAAAAAGGUGGUUUAGUGAAAAUCAAAAAUGAAAACUAUCAAAUUGUGUUGUAUUUGUAAGAUUUUUCGUUGUUUUUCAUGUUUUUCAAUUUAUAAAAUUAAAGAAUUAAGAUUAAAAAUGCUUGACCUGGCUCAGUGCCAGAAACCAGGGAAGAGAAUGACUUUUCGCGGCAUUCGCACAACCAAGUUCCGCCAUGUUUUUGGUGCACCAGCGAAGAAGGAGAAAUGCUUCGAGAAUGUUCGAAUUACGCGCAACGCUCACGAGAGUAACUACUGCGCCGUGAAUCCUAAGUUCCUUGGUUUGGUUGUAGAGGUUGGUGGGGGCGGAAGCUUCAUUGUUCUUCAGAUAGAUAAGACGGGAAGAGUAGAUCAUAAUGUAUGCAAGGUGUCUGGGCACAGUGGUCCAGUACUGGAUAUAAAAUGGAAUCCUUUCAAUGAUAAUAUUAUCGCAAGCUCCAGCGAGGAUUCAUCGACGAAGAGUUGGGAUAAUAGAAUAUUAUUGUAUAUUUCUAGACGAAGAGUUGGGAUAAUAGAAUGGCACCCAACAGCUGAAAAUAUCCUUGUAUCUGCUGGAUAUGAUCAUAUUAUCAUUGUCUGGGAUAUAUCAAGAGGAAUUCAGGUUUCCAGAAUUGAUUCCCACACGGAUACUAUCUACAGUUUGUCUUUCAACAGAAGUGGAUCUCUGCUCGCCACUACAUGUAAGGAUAAGAAGAUACGGAUACUAGAUCCUAGAACAGGAGAAGUCGUCACAGAGGGAGAUUCACAUCAGGGAAACAAAGCUUCAAAGGUUGUUUAUCUGGGAGACACAGGUCGGAUAUUUACAACUGGGUUCUCCAAAUACUCAGAUAGACAGAUAGCAGUUUGGAAGGAAGAUGACCUUUCAUCUCCUCUGAGAAUGGACUCCGUAGACUCGUCCUCAGGGAUUCUAAUACCAUUCUAUGAUCAUGAUACAAGGAUGGUCUAUGUAGCAGGAAAGGGAGACGGGAAUGUAAGAUAUUACGAGAUAAUCUCCGAGUCUCCGUAUGUUUGCUAUCUCAGUCAAUUUAUAUCAGGGGCUCCACAGAGAGGUUUCGGAAUUAUGCCCAAAAGAGGAGUGGAUGUCAAUUCAUGUGAAAUUUUUAGAUUGUACAAGCUGCAUGCUACCAAGGAUUUUGUAGAACCAAUAUCAAUGAUCGUCCCGAGAAAAUCAGAUAUUUUUCAACAGGAUAUUUAUCCUGAAACCUUGGCUCCAAUACCAGCUAUAACAGCUGGAGAAUGGCUGAAGGGAAAGAAUAGUUCCCCUGUCUUGUUGUCUAUGAAAACAGGAGCUAACACAAAAACUUUUAAGCCUGUCGUGUAUAAGCCCUUGGAGAACUGUAUCGGAACAAGUGAACGAAAUUCAGACAAGAAAUUCAUGUUUCUUAGAGAAGAAACUAAACCAGACUAUAGGCCGAUGAAUGAAAGAAAAGAAUCAGGUCCCUGCCCGAGCAUAGAUCAUAGACCAUACGGAGCAAAUACAUAUCUGAAAGCCGAGAGCAGUAAGACAAAAGACGGAGACAAUGCACGGACAAAAGACGGGAGUGAUGUCUCGGAAAAGGAUUUGAAAACUUCUCUCAACACAGCCACAAAGUUUCAGGAAGUACAGAAGAAAUGGUCUACCGGAAGUGAGAAGAGUACAGAGUUAAACCUGGACCUGGAGCAGGUUUAUAAAACCUCUCUUGUCUCCGGAUCUAAUUCCGUUAAAACCCUGAGUUCUAGGUUUGAUUACCGAGAUAAUAAGAUGGUGGAAGAAGAAGAAGAAGAACUUAAGAAAAUUCUAAAUAUUCAGAAUAAACAAAUAAAUAUUCUCAAGGAUCAGGUAACGAGGAAGGAUCAAAGGAUCCAUGAGCUAGAAGAACAGGUUAGAAUCCUCUCCAGGCAUGCUACUCCAGUAGGAACACCAACCUCUAUACAAACUAAAUCCUUCCCAACUUCUCCUCCUGCACGGAAUUCAAUGGUGAAUACUUUGUCGGAGUACACCUUCCACCUAAACUCGGAGCCAUCGGAGUCCACCCAGCAGCUUGAAGAAUCAUCUGCGUAGCUUGGACAAAACAAUCACACACAAACAUUUAUUGUAAAUAUUUUAAAUUAUGAAAAUAUGGUUUUUUGUUGCAUUUAUCAAUUAUGUUAUUAUAAAUAAUUACACUGCCCAAAGACCUCUAAUUUCAAGUUUAAAAUGAUAAGUUGCCUGAUUUGACGCAACCAACAUUUAGAAUUGAGAUCAAUAUUGUGAACCAAAAAUACCUUAAAAUAAUAAAUAAAAAUUAGACUUUAAAAAGACAAACAUUUGUAAUUGCUUUUAUUACAUCUUUAUUGAAGUUAGAUUUGAUUUCAAUUUUAUCCUCAAUAAUGGUUUGGGUGAGAAUUAUAUUUAUUACAGACUUAGUCUAUAUUUUUCCCUUGACUGAAUUUGCUCUAACAAUUUUACUCACAAAUAAAAAGGUUGUUUAUAUCAAAUAGAUUAUCAAGUAUAAUAGAUGUCAAUAAAUAAAUGGAGGCAAAAGUGUCAAAUGUAACAAGAAAGAUGACGAAGUCUGUGUUGCCAUCUAUUGUACUUGAUAUUCUAUAUGGUUUAAAGUACAUUAUUAAGAAGUGUAUAUCUUUUUUUUUGAAAAUUUGGCCGCAAAUGCACUUCAGAGCUUAUGUAAGAAACAUUUGUAAAAAUAAAAUGUAGAAAUGUGAUAUUGUAUAAAUAUUAUUUCAAUAAAUUAAUUAUCAAUUAAA